AUGCCCUUUUGCAACAAACGUUUAUCUGUCUUCACCAGUUUAACACUACAGAUAACACGUAUGAGUCAACAACAAGAACAGCAUCAGGAUAAGAGACAAAAUAGUAGUAGGAUUUUAAGCAACAAUUCUUACAUAGCCAGCAAUAGCUCUAUUCUCAGUCUACCUAACUCAACUGAUAUUGCUGCUUUGCCAAACGAUCUAUUUGACUUCUUAUUUGAAGAUAACUACACUAAUUCGGUUUCUAAUGCCACCUUCACCUUACCAACGAGCAGUUAUGUCCCCAUUGCGCCUGCAAUUCAGGAAAAUCAAACCCAAUUUAAUCGCCAACAACGGCAGCCAGUACAAACAUUAACACACAAACAGCAUUUUAGCCCUUCCGAAGAUGACGAAGAGGGAUUGGAUGAGCAAUCUUUGAAACAGCUACCCGUUAAAGAAAGAAGACAAAUCAGGAACAAAAUAUCAGCAAGGAACUUUCGUAAUCGAAGGAAAGAAUACGUGACUAAAUUGGAAGGUGAACUGGAGUCGUAUAAGAUACAAAAUAGUCGUUUUGCAGUCGAAGUCCAAUGGCUCAAAGAAAUGAUGGGCAAAUUACAACAAGAAAAUGAUCGUUUACGUCUAGAACUUCUACUCUGUAAAAAUGGUAUUUCCAUUGACAGUAUUGAUAUGAACACAUUCAAUUCAACCUUGAAUGCAACUAUAACUGAUGGUAGUAGUAGAAGUAGUAACAAUAAUAACAAUAACAGCAGUAGCAGCAAUGACAGUACAUGUAGCACCCCGCCUUCCAACAUUCAAAAUAACAACUGUACAGCAUCAGGAACAAUCGUAGCUAUACCCCUAACUGCCUCGCCUACAACGCCACCGAAUCUUCCGAUGAACCCAACCUCCACCACUGAGGAUACUAAUUCUCAUCACGCAAUAGAAACCAUGGACAUGAUGACACCCCUUAGUCUGAUUAAUUCCUCUGUAUCUUCAUCUCGAGCGUCUGAGUCGCUUAGUAAUACGGAGCAGCAGCAACUCUACAUCUCGCAUACAACUAUUCCAGAGUGGGACUUUACAGACUUAUAUGAUAACAAAAAGUUAAGCGACAAAACUGACAUUAUGGCAAUAAAUCUAGCGAAGGAUAUAUUGAAAGAAGAAGUGCAUGUACAAGAUGGCGAGAAUAAGUCAGCAAGUAUUUUGAUGCAAAAAUAUCCUUUACUUGUACCAGCCGUUAUGUCUAUUGUUAUACAUCAAAUGAUGAUGAUGAUGGUGGUAAUGGCAACAAUGGCUUCAACUACGGUUAUUGAUGGAAAGAAGAAAAGCUUAACGACUACCUUGCCUGCCAUUGGUCUGAAAAGCGGUGAUCUUAAAGAGGCAGAAACAGAAGUUAAGCAUGAUACGCAAUCAGUAAAAGGUACUACAACUGAAGAUAAUAAGGAAGAUGAAGAUUGCCCUCUCGAAUGGUUGAGAAAAUUCCUUUGUCAGUGCGUUAUACUUCGUUCAUUAGCACGAUAUCCCAAAUUAGACAGAGUUGUGAGAACAUAUUAUCCUCUUUGUAAAAAAUAUCGAACCGAAGUAUAA